AUGGACUACAAUCAAUCUCCCUUGAUCCAGAGAAUUAUCGCAGCCUUAUUUUAUGGCUUUUCAUCAAUGAUGAUAGUUGUUGUGAACAAACUAGUACUCACCUCAUAUAACUUUCCAUCAUUCCAAGUUCUAGCUUUAGGCCAGAUUAUUUCAGGUAUCGUUGUAUUAUACAUUGCAAAAAUGUUGAGACUGAUAACCUUUCCUGAUUUAUCAUGGGACACUGUCAGAAAAGUAUGGCCAUUACCACUUGUGUACAUAGGAAAUUUGUUAUUUGGUCUUGGAGGCACCAAGAAGCUAAGUCUUCCCAUGUUUACAGUAUUGCGCAGGUUUUCAAUAUUGUUUACCAUGAUUGCAGAAUACUACAUAUUAAAUGUGAGAGCAUCUUGGUUUGUGCAGAUGUCAGUCUAUCUCAUGAUUCUGGGGGCUGUUAUUGCUGCAGGAACCGAUCUAUCGUUUGAUUUGCUGGGUUAUACAUUCAUCUUACUAAAUGAUGUGGCAACAGCAGCUAAUGGAGUGUACACUAAACAGAAGCUAGAAGCCAAGAGCCUUGGAAAAUAUGGGCUGUUGUACUACAACUCGCUCAUAAUGUUUUUGCCAGUUCUAAUUCUGACAAUUUACAGUGGAGAAUUGAUAGAGGCCUACAUGUUUGAACAGUGGGCGGACCCUGUGUUUUUGUUCCAGUUCCUGCUGUCGUGUUUGAUGGGUUUUAUACUGAACUACUCAAUAAUCAUGUGCACAGCCUGCAACUCUGCUCUUACAACAACAAUUGUUGGAGUGCUCAAGAAUCUACUAGUGACAUAUCUAGGAAUGUUUUUAGGAGGAGACUAUGUAUUUUCUUUAACAAACUUUAUAGGUAUUAAUAUUAGUGUGUGUGGAAGUCUCUUGUACACAUACGUGACCUUCAAACAGCAUCCAGCUGCCUUACCAACGUCAGUCAACAAAAUGGGGACGGAAAAGCUUUCAUCUCAAAGAAGUGAGAGA